CGGUAGCUGCCAUCGUGGGGAAAAGGGACCACCACUGGCGUCAGAACUCUAUGGUAGUAAACGUUUUACUGGCAGCAGUUGUUAUCACUAUUACAGACACAGGUCGACUUGUCUCGUAUUAUGGCAAGAGAAUGCACCAUCCACACUGCCCGCCUGCGCUUUCUCUUUCCCUUUGCGGUUCAUACAACCACAACCGUACCACAGCCGCCACCACAGUCAUCACUACAGGGCUUCGAGAACCCUUCUUUUUUUUCAAUCCAGAUCCAGAUUCCAUCUCGGUUCACGGCAAUGCACCUCAAUCUACCCUCACAGGUACAAGUACGGUCUAUACACCCGCUCACGCCUCACAUUCCUACACACCACAAAAUGAACACGCACCAAAAGAGGAGGGAAGAAAGAAGCAAAAACACUAACAUGUAUCCAUUUGGGGACGAACACGCUGGUCGUAGGCCCCAACCGACCCGUCCGUAUGCCGUACCUCCUGUGCUCGACCCCAUACGUGCGCCGUGCCCAUCGUCUCAAGUAAACGAGCGAAAGACAAGCCGUAGGACUGUCGAUUA